AUGCAUCUGUUUCGAACCACACGAUCAAUUAUACGCUAUUUGAGGAACAUAAUUGAUGCACUGCGAAAUUUAUUCUGCCGACGGAGUGAAGUAAAGGGAGAGGUUCCUCGAGGCUUGGCUAUUGAACGCCAAGCUCGUGAAGUGGAAACUGUACUGGAUGCUGUAAGGGCGUUGACACACUCAGCAAGUCGGAAAUACCAAAAUGAGGUUUGGGCUCGAACUCUUAGCUUCCUUCUGAAUUCGGCAGAUUUAUUGUUAGCAGAUCCUCUUUCUCCUGAGGAAAUGGGUAUGAGAGUAGGCUCCCGAGUGGUAGAUACUCUUUUUGAUUUAUGGUUCCAUGCCGUUCUAAAUGAGGAAAUACCUUCACCAACAUAUUGGCGAACACUGGCAGCUCUUUGUCGCCGAUGG